AUGUCUAACCCAUUUGACCUAUUAGGUAACGAUAUUGAGGACCCAAAUGCCACUGUCGUUCCACCUCUAAAGGAACUAGUCAGAAAGACCACUUCUUCUAAGAAGGCUGACGUCCCACCACCAUCUGCUGACCCAUCCAGAGCUAGAAAGCCAAGAGCUAAGCCAACUGGUAACGAUGGUGCUAUCAAGGACAAGUCUGCUGGUAGACAAAAGAACAGAACUAGAGACGUCUCUGGUUCUGCUUCUGAAAGAAGACCAAACACCAGAAGAGCCACUGACCGUCACUCCAGAUCUGGUAAGACCGAUACCCAAAAGAAGAUCAACCAAGGUUGGGGUAACAACAAAGACGAAUUAGAAACUGAAGCUGCUGCUGAAGCCGAUGCUGACGCUGAACUUGCUGAAGAUGCUGAAGAAAAGGCUGUGGAUAGCAACAAGAUGACUCUAGAAGCUUACUUACAAAGUCAACAAUCCGCUUCUUUGAACAAGUCCGUUGAAGCUAAGGCUACCAACAAGCUAGAAAACGCUGAAUUAUUCUUCAAGGAAGAAGAAGUUUACGUCCCAGCUACCAAGGUUAAGACCGUCAAGUCCAAGCAACAAAAGGCUAAGAACUUCCUAGACUUCGAUGCUACUUUCUCCGAUGCCGUUCCAAAGGGCAGAAGAUCUGACAACAGAUCUGGUGACAGAAACAACAACAACAGAAACUUCGGUAAGAACGCUAGACGUGGUGGUAAGAAGAGCCCACAAAACACUGUCGAAAAGAACCGUUCUAUCGACACUGCUAACCUACCAUCUCUAGCUUAA